AUGCCUGGAAUGCCUCACGCCGAAGCCGCAACACUCGCAGCAGAGGGCUGGGCGCGUGCGUGUCAAGCGCCAGUCGCCAGUCGCCAGUCGCUCCAACAAGAGUCCAACAAGUCGCGGGACGAGGACGAGUUGUGUGGCGCUGGAACAAAGGAGGCGAGAACGGACGCUUGCUCCCAGAGGCGCUAG